AUGGCCGACGAUCUUCGACGUAUGUCCAAACAGGAACGGAUUUUGUGGAGUCUGCUAGAGAGCUUUGAAGAUUUCCUUCACGACUACGACGAUGUUUGGGAUCAUGGCUCACUUCAACCACGGCUGACUAAGUUGGACGAAGCCUACGAGAAGUUUUGUGAUCUGCGAGUUCGUAUAGAGAUGAUCCUUGAAGACCUUGAAGAGGAAUCUGAAGACGGCGACGAUAAGAAGGAAGUUCGAAAACGAGAAAGCAAAAAGGUGUAUAAGGGAUUUGUGACACGGUACUUUUCUUUGAAACAACAGCUGCUGUCGAAGAUGGAGUCGAUUCCCGCACAACCAACUCAAUCCUCUGUUUCCGACGUGGUUUUGCCGUGUCACACAAAGUAUCCAGAACUUCAGCUGCCAACCUUUUCCGGGAAGCUGUUGGAUUGGAUUAAUUUUCGAGACAACUUCAAGUCGCUGAUUCACGAUAAUGUCCAGUUGAACGAUAUGGAUAAGUUUAACUACCUCCGGACGUCACUGAGAGAUGACGCACUUCUCCAUAUCAAUCAAAUCCAAGUUUCAGCGAUGAACUACGGCCUAGCAUGGAGCACACUUGAAUCGAAAUAUGAGAAUCAUAAACUGAUAGCUCAGGAGCAUUUGAAAGCACUCUUCGCCACAUCUGCCAUGCGGACAGAAAGUUACGAAGCAUUAAAUGUAUUGUUGUCGACGUUUAAAAUCAACCUUCAACAAUUAGAAAAACUCGGCCAGAAGACUAGCAACUGGAGCACAUUGCUAGCGUUUAUGCUCUCACAAAAAUUGGAUGCCGAAACAUACCGUCUGUGGGAAACUCACCAUGCUUCUAAAACCGUCCCUACCUAUGAAGCUAUGGUUGAGUUUCUAGAAAACCAUUGUUCAAUCCUGCAGUCAACGGCCAGUCGCAGUGGCGACGAUCAUCAUCGAAACACUAGAGCUCCUAUCAGUCAUAGCACAGCAACGUUCGAGAGUUUCUGCCCUAUUUGCAACAAUGCUCGACACAAAGCAUAA